UUGUUUGCGGCUUUUUGUCAGCUAGAUAUUGUAGCAUUUUUUAGGAGUGUUUAUGAAAAGAGCACAUUUGCUGUGUAUCUGAAAAAUGAAGCUGGUUAUACAACAGCUUAUUUUGGUAAAUAUUUGAACGAAUAUACGGGUUCGUACGUUCCGCCUGGCUGGGAUCACUGGAUGGGGCUGAUCAGGAACAGUCGCUUUUACAACUACACGAUCAAUGUGAAUGGUGACAAGAUCAAACACGGAUCGAACUAUGAAAAAGACUAUUUUACCGAUUUAAUUGCUAAUGACACGAUAGCCUACAUACGACAGCUGCAUAAAAGACCACAUCCAAAGCCCUAUCUGAUUGUGCUUUCAUUUCCCGCACCUCAUGGCCCAGAAGAUCCUGCUCCACAGUACUCCACAUGGUUUGAGGAUGUUGAAACACACAGGACAGAAGCAUGGAACUACGCUCCGAACCCGGACAAGCAAUGGCUUUUGCAACAUACCGGCCGAAUGGAGCCAGUUCAUGUUGUUUUUACGGAUGUAUUGCAUAGGCGACGAUUACAGACACUGCAAAGUGUGGACUACAAUAUUCAAAGAGUAAGUAAUAUCUGCCGACUUAAUAGGAAAUAUUAUUGUGCACAGACAAUCCUCUUAAAGUUAGGCAGUUAGAC